AUGUCCGACAUCAAUCUUCAAGAAGUGCACGAUUUUCUCGUUGACGUCGCCAAACAGGCUGGCGAGGUCAUCACUGCUGCUCGUCCUUCUACAACAGCAGCAGGCGAGAAGAAGAACUCGGUCGAUUUGGUAACGGAGACCGAUCAGGCUACUGAGAGACUGAUCACCGACCUCGUUCGCAAAAGUUACCCUCACUUCGAGUUUAUGGGCGAGGAAACUUACAAGCCCGGUGACAAACUCACCAAUUCUCCAACCCUUAUCGUCGACCCUGUUGAUGGGACCACCAAUCUAGUCCACAGAUAUCCAUACAUCAGUGUUUCUCUAGGACUCGCCAUCAACCGCAAACCGGUUGUUGGUGUCAUUUACAACCCAUUCAACAAGACCUUGUUCUCGGGAAUCAAGGGGAAGGGUUCUUUCCUCUCUGAUCCUUUCCAUGACCAUGUCAGGCUACCUCUGAAAGAGCCCGAGCCUCUCACCCUUGAUAAAGCUCUUGUCGCGGUGGAAUGGGGAAGCGACCGAGCAGGCCACGACUACGACGUCAAAGUCAAGACUUUCCGUAACCUGUGUGCUAGUGCAGAAGAAGGUGGCGCCAUUGUCCACGGCAUCCGCUCCUUCGGCUCCGCUGCUCUGAACCUGUGUGGCGUUGCUGCUGGUCAUUUGGAUGCCUACUGGGAAGCAGGAUGCUGGGCCUGGGAUGUAUGUGCUGGCUGGGUAAUUCUUGAGGAAGCCGGUGGCCAGAUUGUCGAUGCGAACAAGGGCAAUUGGCAACCAGAAGUCGAUGGUAGAAGGUACCUGGCAGUAAGAAAAGGUGAGCGACAGAACGCUUUCAUCGAAGAGCUCUGGGGCCAUGUUGCCGGAGAUCUCCAAGUUGGCAUCGAGGGCUAG